GUUGUCAUCGCCAUAUUUUCAUUACACCAUUGUGAAAAUAAUAAAGGGCUUGGAAUUUACAAUUUUACCCCUGAUAAUGGCCGAUGAUGACUGGGAAUUUCGAAAAGUGUUGGUUUUAUCGUAUGUAGGUAAGAGGUUUGUACCUGUCACACACCUUCAUUACACCUUGUUGGAAGGAGUGAUUAAGAUCAUAAUUGUCAAUAUCCAAUCAAUAAUGAAUCAUGAUUUACUUGUCUUAAACAAUGCGACUGCCUCUCGCCACAAAUAACUCGGAAAAUUCUACCAACAUCUGCUGCCGUUGAGGAACUGAAGAAGAGCGUGUCUCGUCUGAAACUUCCAAAGGAGCAUUCCCCACGGGUUUAGAACGCCCGCGAAAUUUAUACCCCUGCCGAAAAUUAAAAUCUAAAAAUCGAAUAUGGCGGAGAAAAUUAAGGCCUUCUUUCAAAAGAAAAAGUCCGAUACCAAAUUUAAGAUGGCUGGCAAGGGAUACAAAUUAACCGAAUCAUCAGCUUCCUCCUCAAAAUCAAACGCCAGCGAUGUACCGAGGCCGGUGAAACGAGCGGAACCAACUACGGAAGCAAAAGUUGCCGGGCAGGCUGCUCUGGCAAGAUUGGAGUCUAAGAGGACAGAUCCAAAAAAAUUCAACACAUCAUAUGCAGCGAUACAAGCGCAAGUUAAGCGAGAACUAGAGGCUGAAAGAAAGGCUGCGGCUGAAGGCACCUCGAAGGAAGAAGCAACGCCGAAGGAGCGUAAAAUCCCGCAGGAAGUCGAAGCGAAUCCAUUGCUCGCGGUACGCGGCGUUUACUUCCGGUGCCCAAUUAUAUCUGACGAAGUCUUGACGCGAGACGAAUGGAAGAUAAAGAUUCGACAGUUCCUUUACGAGCAGCUAAACCACGAGGAAGCUGGUCUGACGGCAUGCCUGAUAAUUCAUAGCUGCAACACCGGUAAAGAAAAAAUCGAACAAUGUGUAGAAACAAUUUGCAAGUAUCUAGAAAAUAUUGUGAACAAUCCCGAGGAGGAAAAGUAUAGGAAAGUCCGAAUGUCCAACCGCGUUUUUCAGGACAAGGUGCAACCCGUAGAGGGUGCUCUGCAGUUGCUAGAGGCAGCCGGAUUUGAGCAGGUGAAAUUAAUGCACCAGGAUGAAGAGGAAGACUUCCUUGUGUGGAGGCCGAACAAAUCUUCGAUCGACCAUGUCCAAAUGCUCGUCGAUGCCCUCAGGACAGCAGACCCAGUCAAAAUCGAACUUGACAGAAACCUACAAGUCUUGCUCCCCAGCCAGGCCGCAAAAAGGAACGAGCUACCCCCUGUUUUCUUCACCAUGACACUGGAGGAGAUAAAAAAAGAACAGCAGCUCAGGUCCGAAGCUAUCGCUCAGAGUCAGAUUCUCCGGACUAAAGCGAUGCGUGAAAAGGAGGAGCUCCGUGAGAUGAAAAAAUAUCGCUACGCUCUGAUUCGAGUGCGUUACCCGGAUGGAAUAAUGCUCCAAGGAACAUUUGCCGUUUAUGAGAGGAUCGAAAGCGUGAUUGAGUUUGUUAAAGAAAAUCUCGUCAGCGACGAGAUACCCUUCAUUCUAACAACGCCGUUUGGCUACCGUCUUAGUGAUGAGGACCACGAUAAGUCUUUAAUCGACUUGAAGCUCGUGCCCGCGUCAAUUUUAAAUUUCAACUGGGAUACUGAGAUUUUGAAUGCGAAAGGUCCCACAGAAUACCUCAAGGAUGAUAUUCUGUGCCUUAUACAGUCGGCGUAAGACUUCUACCUACUGCUGCAUCUGCUCUACAAGUAAAGAACGUAUGAAUUGGAUUACAACAGUUAACCGCUCGUUGUCACCGUCAAAAAACACGGAGUUUGAAGCUAUUCGCCAUUGUGUAAAAAAUUGAAAAACUAUAAAUUACCGAAGUGGACUAAAAUAUAGUUUAAUAAUCUAAGUAGUAAAACAAUUGAAUUAUGGAUCAUUGUAAGGAACAAUUUGGUUGCACUACAUUAUCUGCAACAUGCAGGCUGAAUUUACUGUUUGAUGGUGCCACGUAGUGUUACCAUUGAGAAUAGAUAGGAUAAUCUAUUCUCAAUGGUGUUGCUGGCUUUUGUUGCCAUGGCAACGGGCAGUAGGUAUAAAACCGUAAACAAACUACCGAGCUACGAAACUAGAAAUAUCAUUGCAAAUUAUGUAUA